UUGGAGGGAGGUUUGUUUUUAUUUUGCAAUAUGCACAUUCCCUGUGUGUAUUUUAGACGCAGCUAACUUUCAGUCCACUAAAAAUGGCUAAAUUACAGUCUUUGGGUGUGUUUGUUAAUAAGCGUUUAACAUUGGCUGCCGUAGAGAUUAUGGGGGCAGUAGAGAAAGUCGUAGCGGAGUACCAGGAGGAGAUUUCCCGAUCGAAAGAGGAGAAUGACCGGCUACGGAGACUGCUGCGGAUCAGACCGGAGAUAAAACUAUAUAGAUUACACUCUCUCCCCUUGUGUCUUACUGUCUCCGAGGAGGAGGUUACCCCUGUGCAGCAGCAAUGUGACCAGGAGAAAUGGAACUCCAGUCUGGGGACAAAAGACCCAGAGCCCAUGCAGAUUAAAGAGGAGGAAGUCGGGACCACUCAGGAGGCAGGGCAGCUUCAAGGGCUGGAGGCUGACAUCAUAGAGUUCAUAUUCACUCCUCCCUGUGUGAAAAGUGAUUGCGGUAAGGAGGACUCACUUUUAAGUCUUCCCCAAACUGAGACUAUGGAGAAGAGAGAGCGUGACUCUAAACAAUUGGAUCUCAAACCUUUUGGCACUGUGACCCACCUUGACAUUACCAGUGACUCUCCAGAUAAUCAAGACAAUGUCUCCAGUUACAGCUCAGCCGUAAUUAACGAUCCAGUAGGAUUUGACAUAAGCCCACCAUUGGAUCCCAACUCACCAUUAAGGAAACCCGGUACUAAAGCCAGCACCACGUAUAAAAAACCUCAUAUACUCCCCAUGCCCAGAGUUAGGGUCAGAACCACAGACAGAGGUCUGUUUCAUCCAGAGACAUUUGAGAGAGCCUCCCAAGAUGUGCUGGUAGGGGGCCAGUCAGUCAGGAGUGCAGCGAAAGCACAUGGCGUAUGCCAUGUUACUCUGUUUAGGUACUGUCGGAGGAAAAAGGAUAGCGCCAAUGCCCGACUGCCAGCAUACAGAGCCCACAACAGAGUGUUUAGUCAGGAGCAGGAGAAUCAUCUGAAAGAGUAUCUGUUGAGGGCUGCAGAAAUAUACUUUCGAUUGAGUCCUAAAGAGGUACGUAGACUUGCAUACCAGCUUGCCCAACACUACCACUGCAAGUACCCUGAGACCUGGGUUACCAAGGAGAUGGCAGGGAAAGACUGGUUCACCUCCUUCCUCAAAAGGCACCCCGGCCUCUCCAUCCGCCAGCCUCAAGCCACCAGUCUGUUGAGGGCGACAAGUUUCAAUGCAACGAACGUGUCUCAGUUCUUCAACAACCUUUCUACUAUUCUGGGCCGCCACAACUUUGAGGCCAAAGAUGUGUGGAACAUGGAUGAGACCAGCACCACAACAGUCCAAGUGCCGAACAAAAUCAUUGCCAACAGAGGGAGGAAGCAGGUCAGACCAACAACAUCUGUAGAGAGAGGAACAAUGGUUACUAUGGCACUAGCGGUCAAUGCUCAAGGAAACAGCAUUCCACCUCACUUCAUCUUUCCCCACAAUAAGUACCUUGAUCACUUCCUACGUGAUGGGCCUACAGGAUGCAUGGGCACUGCUAGUGGUUCUGGUUGGAUGCAGGAGAAUGACUUCCUGGCCUUCUUGCAACAUUUUGUGAAGUACACCAGGGCGUCCCCAGAGUCUCCACAGCUGCUGCUUCUGGAUAAUCAAGCCUCUCACCUCUCACUCCAGGGCAUGGACUACUGCAAAGCCAAUGGCGUCGUGCUGCUCUCCUUCCCUCCUCACUGCUCCCACAAGCUGCAGCCCCUGGAUAGAAGUGUGUACGGCCCCCUGAGGAGAUACAUCAACAGUGCCAUUGAUUGCUGGAUAAAGACGUACCCUGGCAAAACGGUCUCCAUAUAUGACCUACCAGGAAUUGUGGCAACAGCCCUACCAUCUGCUGUGACACCAGCCAACAUCAUGGCUGGAUUUCACUGUACCGGCAUAUGGCCAUUAAACCCUACUGUCUUUACAGAAGCCGACUUCUCACCUGCUUUUGUAACAGGUCGUCCUGCCCCCACCACCACAGAGGAGGACAGAGGAGGACACCACAGAGGAGCACCAGGGGGCCGUGGUGGCUCUCCACAGGCCCAGCCUAGGGUGGAGGUCAACGUAAGUCCUGUGGGGCGGUCUGUCUCUCCUGGACAGGGGGAGGUCCAAGCCUAUUCCACCUCUGGGGAUCCCCUCCACACUGUCUCAGAUCCAUCUACACCUGAAGAUCUCUUCUGUGAUUCUGCACUGAGUCAAUCCCAUCCCCACAGAUGACGUCAGCCUUGUCUAAACAUCAGACUGUUUCUAUGGUUACGCCAUGGAUCUCAGUCUGAAAGAAGUCACUGUAAAAAAGACGCAAUAGUCUACAAGACAGAAUGUUGAAUACAUUGAUAUUUAAAUGUACUUUACCGGUUUUCCGUGCUGUUGGUCCUUUUGGUUGGUAGGAAGUGGAAAUGGGGUAUCCACGGGAAAGGGUUGUUUACCUGACUUAUUACGGCGCCGGUAGGUUCUGUUGCUUGUAUAUUCCAUCUCCUGAUGCAUUCCACGUGAUGCACAAUUUGUUAAUAAUAGCCCAAUGUAACUGAAUGUUGUUGACCAAAGCCCGUUCCCUCGCAGUCACGGUGCUUGGGAAAUUUGCCAGCUGAUUGCGUGGGACAACGUUGGGUCUGUUCUUCAGUUAAACUCUGCCAUUGUUUACAUAUUGUGCAUGCCGUGUGCAAAUUGCGUCAGCAUUGAAAAUACAAACACUACACUGAAUAUUUCUUCUAAGAUUACCUCCUAUAUAAGGACAAAAUCAGCAGACAACGGGUAAAGUACGUUCAAAUUAAGUUAAUUCAACAGUCUGACUUGUGAUGCGACUGUUCACAAAAAAUGAGCCUACAUGUUGGAGAUGAGAGGAGUCUUCCACUCUCAGAUUCGGAGAGGCUAACUUCAGCCCUGUAGCUGUCCGACCUUUUCCCGAAGGAGAAGAACGACCACCAUUCUAACCGAUACCCCUGUCAAGGUGCCCUGGAGGAUGAGAAAACAGGUGAUACCAAAAGCCAAGCGCAGCUUGCAGAAACAGUGUGGCAAGAGCGCUCAGAAGAGAGCAACUAAUUAGAAUGAACAUGAAGUUGUACGGAAGAUUUUGGCUCAUCCAUGCCAGGGCAGAUCUGGGUGCAGUGCUUGUUCAGUCAAGGGUGGGCACACAAGGCCUACACUGAAGGAGAGGAGAUCUACAUCUGUCACUGAUAGACAGAGUAAACAAAUUACAGGUUUAUGCACUUUUGUUUUGCACUAUUUCAUUUUAAUUUCCUCAAACAAUUGACUAGUUUACAACAAGUGUUUGUUUCACACUUGUGUUAACAUUUUGUUUGUCUGAAGGUGUUACUUUUUGCACUCUUAGUUCAGAAAAACAGUUCUAUAUUUUUAAAUGUUAAAUGUUAUACCUCUUCUAUUGCCUGAUUUAUUUGUUUUACUUUAGGGGGGGGAAGGUGUCAUUUAGAAGACGUUCUUAUCCUGAGCGACUUACAGGAGCAGUUAGGGUUAAGGGCAUGUCGACAGAUGUUUCACCUAGUUGACUCGGAUUCGAACCAGCAACCUUUCGGCUCUUAACCGCUAGGCUACCUGGGUGCUGUUUUAGACGACAUUGUCUUUUGUGGAUCUAUUUCAUUCUCUUCAUUUAAGUCUUAAAGCUGCAAUAUGUAACUUUUUGGGCAACCCAACAAAAUUCACAUAGAAAUGUUAGUUAUAGAUCUGUCAUUCUCGUUGAAAGCAAGUAUAAGACGUGGUAGAUCUUUUCUAAGUGCGCUAUUUCUAUGCUUGCCAUUCUUAAGUUUUGUUUUUGCGUCUUGUUUUUGGUUUUGUACACCAACUUCAAACUGCUGAAAAUAUAA